CCCAAUUCCGGAACUUGCAUAUAAGUACCGCCCACACACCAUCUUCUUCUUGUUGGGUUAGGGUUUAGGCUUAGAAUCAGCGGCGGUUUCUUCUACACUCCUACCCCUCAAUCCUUGGUCUCGUUUCCUUCGUGCUUUCUACGCUGCAAUCAUGGGGAAGACACGUGGUAUGGGAGCUGGGCGCAAGCUCAAGUCCCACCGUAGGAGGCAAAGAUGGGCUGACAAGGCCUACAAGAAAUCCCACCUUGGGAAUGAAUGGAAGAAACCAUUUGCUGGGUCAUCCCACGCCAAAGGCAUUGUCCUCGAGAAGAUAGGCAUUGAAGCUAAGCAGCCAAACUCUGCUAUUCGUAAAUGUGCUAGAGUGCAACUCAUUAAGAAUGGCAAGAAGAUUGCUGCUUUUGUUCCUAAUGAUGGUUGUUUAAACUAUAUUGAAGAAAAUGAUGAAGUGUUGAUUGCUGGAUUUGGGCGAAAGGGGCACGCCGUAGGAGAUAUUCCUGGUGUUAGGUUUAAGGUGGUGAAGGUGUCUGGGGUCUCACUCCUGGCUCUCUUCAAGGAGAAAAAGGAAAAACCUAGAUCUUAGAUUUGUCUUUUUGUAAUAGCUGUGAGUGAAGUUUUUGAUGAAUGAUUCAAUGUUUUGAGUUGAUUUCUUGGACAAUUAUUGUCUUUUCAGGAGCUUACUGUAAUAGGAACUUACUGGGCGGAUUUGUCAAUUAUUAUCAUUCGCUAGCUAUUCGAAUUUAACUUUGUUGCAUGCAA